AUGACAAUGCAGGUUUACUAUUACUACCCAUUCUCGGCUCUUUCUGAUCCCGCAAAACUUUACAAUGAUCUUAGAUGGAAUAUCACGAGGCCCCAAGGCUUUGAGGCAGUUAUGCGUGUGAGAUGCAGCCAGGGUAUUCAAGUUCAAGAUUACUAUGGGAACUUUUGCAAACGCAUUCCGACAGACAUUGACCUACCUGCGAUUGACUGUAACAAAGCUAUCAUGGUAACCUUAAAGCAUGAUGAUAAAUUGCAGGAUGGCUCAGAAUGUGCUUUUCAGUGUGCCCUUCUUUACACCACUGUGUAUGGCCAAAGAAGAAUUCGAGUUACAACUUUAUCCUUGCCAUGCACCAGUAAUUUAAGUAAUCUGUACCGCUCGGCUGACUUGGAUACUCAAUUUACAUGUUUCAUGAAGCAAGCGGCAAAUGAAAUUCCUUCCACCCCACUAGUGAAUGUCCGGGAACAGAUGAUGAACCUUUGUGUCAAUGCUCUGGUUUCGUAUCGUAAGUUCUGUGCUACUGUAUCAUCAUCUGGACAACUUAUUCUACCAGAGGCUCUCAAGCUUUUGCCUUUAUACACCCUUGCAUUAAUUAAAAGUGCAGGACUGAGAAAUGAUGGGAGAAUAGAUGAUCGGUCAUUUUGGAUAACAUAUGUUUCCUCUGUUUCUAUUCCUUUGGCGGUUCCAUUUGUGUACCCAAGGAUGGUGGCUAUCCAUGACCUUGAUUCAAAGGUGGAAGGUGGAUCUCCUAUUCCUCCCUUUCUACCUCUUUCUAGCGAACAUGUUAGUGAUGAGGGAAUUUAUCUUCUUGAGAAUGGUGAGGAUGCUCUAAUAUAUAUUGGGAGCUCAGUGGAUUCAAAUAUCUUGCGCCAGCUGCUUGGCAUUAAUUCAGUUGAAGAAAUUCCAACUCAGUUUGUGCUUCAACAGUUCGAUAAUCCGUUAUCAAAGAAGCUAAAUGAAGUGAUAAAUGAGAUAAGGAGCCAAAGAUGCUCUUACCUACGCUUAAAGUUGUGCAAGAAAGGAGAUCAAUCAGGGAUGCUGUUCUUUUCGUAUUUGGUCGAAGACAAGAUUCCUACUGGCGGGCAAUCAUAUGUUGAAUUUCUAAUAAAUAUCCAUCGGCAAAUUCAAGUUAAAAUGUCUUAAUCAUUUUAUGCUUCUGCCGUUGGUUUACAAUUUUUUAUCACCAACACACGAGCCCAAAUGGAAAAAUCCGAAGAGAAGAUGAAAGUCUAGUUCUUGUUUUAUACAUGCACCGGGGAUCAGCACCAUCCGUUUUAUAUUCUGUGAAGGAAGUUGGCUAAGUUUUGCAAUUAGAGGUUUGAAAGUGUAGUUUACAUUUGUAGUUGUCAAAUGCUGGUAAUAAAAUAUAGAGCUUAAAUUUAUCUGUCUAUUUAGUUUGUGUUUUUUUUUCUCUUUCCAUCUCCCAUCAACCUCCCUUGUGUACUGUUAUAAUCUCAGAAAAGCAGGUGGGGAAGGGGACAAUGUGUAAUUGAUUGUUGUCUUCAAAUGGACAAGUUUUGUUUUGUUUUGUUGAUUUUAUAUUACAUUCAAUCAGAUGUACUAUAAAUGAUCUGCUAUUUUGAAUAUAUUAUUUGAUACAUGAUAAAUAGACAA